GGAGCAAAAUGGGCCUCUCUGUGUUUGCCCCUCCUUCCCACAAGACCACAAAGCAAAGGGCACCUCUUCCUGGUGGAUGUGGGGGCCACGCGGGUCGACUGUCUCACCCAGAACCUCGCAGGGUCCCUUGAGGGGCCCGGGACGAAACCUGCCUCCGAGUUCGUCGGAUUCCGCCCAAGUCUUCUGGGGGCUGCUUGAACAGCGGACAAGAUCAGAGUGAGAAAUGAGAGGCUGUUAGCAGUGGAAACUCACUAUUUGUCAGUUUGCAAGAAACUGGACAAUGGCUUAUUUCAAGAAUAUGGAUGUCGUCAAUGUCACCGCCUUGCCAAUGGUGCCCGUGGAGGAGGGCCUGGCACAGGGUGCGAGGCAGAGUGCCGCGAGGAGGGAUCUGGCAGACCACGUGCCCUCGUGUCUUGUUGGCUCCAUCCACCAGGUGAACGAAAGGAUUGCUGAAGUAGACCUGACCCCCAAACCACUGGACGACAUCCUGGCAUUUGAGAGAUUUGAGUUGGAGAAGAAGGCUUUAAAAGAGAAAAGCUACCGCAGCUCGGAAGACAGAGACAGAAGUCAAAGAAAAUCACCAGAGAUCUGCAGUGGCUCAGAAUUCAGGAAUGUCAGAUCUAGCUCUAUUAAAAGGAAAACAGCAGAUAAGAAGCUGCUGGCCGAGCUCUACCAGUACCCCGAGUUUAACGACUCUAUGCCGAAUGAGCUCCCGAAUGGGGUGGACUUCUGUGACAUGGUGGCCAACGUGGUCCGGUCCGAGAGGAACCCCUUUACUGGCAAGUCUUUCUGUUCACAUAAAGAUUUAGAGAAGUUUCUCUCCUCUCCUCCUAUACGAGCCAUCUGGCUGGACAGCUUCUGGUGGAUCUUCCAUGAGAGGUACCAGCAAAACAGAGAGGUCCAGAAUAAGCUGUUCGACCGGAUAUCCCAACAGUAUGCUUGGCUUUUGUUUCAUGGGUCCAGACCCCACUCUGAAGAGGCUAUCUUAAAAAGGUUGCCAUCGCUUCUGAGUAAAGGCCUGUACACCAGCUUCAGUUGCUGCUUCCCACAGUCCUGGCUCAACACACACGAAUUCAAGUCCGAUAUCUGUAACACCAUAAGCCUGUGGAUUUCAGGUAUCUAUCCGAGCCCACUGAGCUAUGACAGUUGGGACUACUCAAACCUGGAUCCAGAGAGAUUCUGGAGGGAAGGAUUAAUGUCGAGGAGAAGACGACGGAGAAAGGGAAAAGAGACGUCUUUCCUCAGUCCUAAGAUGCACUCUUCUUACAAGUCUGUCCAUAGCAGGAAAGUCUCCCAUUCUCCGUCUAGUAGCGGACAUCUAAACAGCAAGAGGAAUUCAGAGGACACCACACAAUCACAGGAUACCACGAAAGAUCAUUGUCAGACUCAGGUCUUGAGGAAAGCUACACAAAUCAGGAAAAUAUCAGAAGCAAGAAUAUAUGAGAGUAUGCUUCCUAAGAAGUCCCACCCUGCCUGCAAAAUCCCUGCGAUGUCUUCAAACCGCUUCAACAUUUACGGGAAGAGUCCUCUGGUGGUUUACUUCCUGCUGAACUACGCCACCCUGCGGCAGAGUGGCAGAGAUGUGCUGAUAACCAGGACGGAGAUAACCAAGACCGUCCCUGAGUCCAGCCUGACCUACGCUGAUGUCAUCAACCUGACCCUGUGCAACAUGAAGAAGCGAAGGGACAACCUCCUGCAUCUGACCCAGUUCCGGUGCAGUGAAUGGACUUACUUUGACGAGUACCUGGCGGAGCUGCAGGACAACUUCCUCAGGGAUAUAAAGAAUUUAGACCAAAGAGAAGCAGAUAAAAAAAGGGCAAACCGCACAUUCAUCCCACCUUCAGUCGUAAAUGAGGAAACGCUUGAAAAGAAACCUAAAGAAGACCAGGAGAAGGAGUCCGCAUUUCUUUUAAGAAGGGAAAAAGGGGAGGAAGAGAGACAUAAGUGGAAUGACUUUUCCUUCCCACUUUCAAGUCAUGAUGAAAGCUCCUCUGAUGAUUCUGAUUUCAGAGAUGACCAUUCUGGACCAGCCCCUACAGAAACAACCACUGAUACUGACUUACAGCUGGAUGGUUUGGACCAUGAAAUCUUCCAGAUGCAGUGGGGACAACUUCUCCGGCUGGCUGCGGCCCGGAAUCACAGUGCAGGCGGCUUCUUCAGCUCCCAGGUCGCAUCCAGCCUCAGGCGCUGGGGCCCAGUUUCUCAGUCUCCCCUAGGACGUGGGGCAGGUGGACGUGAGGUUUCUGCUGCUGGCUGUGGCCUGGGAUCACAGGACAGGUGGCCUCUUCAUCUCCUGGGCUGCAGCCAGCCUCAGAGAGAUCAGCAAGUCGGAAGUAAUGCAGGAAAAGACAGCCCCUCACCUUCGGGCGAAUCUGGAGGAAUCCUUGUCCAAGAAUUAGGAGAACUUUCGGGAUGAAGCCUGCACAUGGGCUUAAUCUAAAACAGAAACAAGACAAACAAAAAACAAUACUGUAGCACAUCUAGUCAUUCCCAGUCCAUGGGAAAAAGAAUAUUAAAGGUCACUCCUACCCUGGGCCAAA